AUGAUACUAUACCGCACAUGUAUAGAAAAUGAUUGAUUGAAAAGUAAUAAGUAAUUCUGACCCUUUCCGAUCGAUAUAGUCUUUCCGCAUAAAAAAUCCUUUCUGUUAUUACUUGAAGUUUUAUGACCGGUUUACAGUUUUCAUUUAUCACAUACAUUCCGUUGACAAAAUUUAGUAGUCCAGUCCAUUUGUUGAAGGGCAAAAUGGCAACUCUCUCAAGAGUUGUCAGAAUUGGGGCCCCAAAGGGUCAAGAGUUUGCUGGGCUGAUAUACUUGUCUCAGAGGCACAAAUCAACAAAUAUUACACCAUCCAACUACAAGCGGGGAACCGGUGGAAGAUCAUCAUUCAACGGAAAUGUUGUCACCAUAUUUGGAGCCAAAUCUUGCCUUGGAUUCCAUGUAGUCAACAAGCUAGCCAAGGUCGGAACACAAGUGAUAUGUGCAUACAGGGGAGACUCCUAUUUUUUGAGAGACUUGAAACUGAUGGGUGACCUUGGGCAAGUCCUAUUUUGUGAGGUUAAUUUACGUAAUGAAGACUCACUGAGGCAAGCCAUGAAGCAUUCUAAUUGUGUGGUCAAUUUGAUUGGAAAGAACUUCGAGACAAGGAACUGGUCUUUUGAUGAAGUCCAUGUGGAAGGGCCAAGGUCACUUGCAAAAAUUGCAGCAGAAUGUGGUGUUGACAAGUUUAUUCAUGUUUCUGCAUUGAAUGCUGGGAAGGAAUCAAACAAUAUAGUGUCAGGAGGCUCAAAAUUUUUGAGAACAAAGUAUGAGGGAGAACUGGCAGUACGUGAAGAGUUUCCAGAAGCUACCAUCAUCAGACCCUCGGAUUUCUGCGACGUCAAUGAUAAAUUUACACGAUAUUACGGAUCGAAAAGUAGAUCAACAAUGUAUCCAGUCUUUAAUAUUUUGGACAUCUCAGACACAUUUGCAAGAUAUAUGAACCUUUGGAAGUUAGGUCUGGAAACAGUAAAAAUGCCUGUUAAGACAGAUGAUGUAGCUAAAGCUUUGGUGAAUGCUGUGUUUGACCCUAAUAUUCAUGGCAACACUUACCAGACUGUCGGUCCUUAUGCUUAUUGUCAAUUUGAUCUGGUAGAAUUUGUACUGCAUACUAUGAAUUUAGAUUGGACGAUCCGGAAGAUGGGACUUACGGAUCAGGUUAAAGCAGCUGUAAGAGAACAAGUAUACAAGACGAUAGGAUUUCCUAUGCCGAAAGUAACACGGGACAUGCUUGAAAGGGAAACCGUAUCUGAUUCAUUAGAUAGAAAAUUACACACAAUUCAAGACCUUGGCGUGACUCCAGGAAAUAUAGAAGACCAUCUGAUCGAGGUAUAUGCACCACUGAGGCGUAGACAUCUAGGCAAUAAGCUCAUGUUCCCUAAACACCCAGGCAAGGUCCAACAUGCUUUCAGGACUUUAAAACAGGAAACAUAACUUAGACUGAAGGUGUGUACAAUUGACAAUGCUCUGUCUGGAAAACUUAUUUAUAUACUUUAUCAGUCCAUUUUUAGAAGACAUGCAACACUUGCUUGAAAAUACAAACAAAAAAACUAGUGACAUAGAGUGAUUGAUAUUCUUAGGAUGGUUUUAUAAGGAAAUUUUAUUUUUGCUUUUGAAAUACAUGUUCUUAAAAUUUUGUGGUUUGUUAUUGAUAAGCAAAAAAAAUGAAUGGUGAAAUAAAUAGUAAAAAUGUCCAAAUUGUAUGAAUUGAUGGAAACUUGAAACUGUUAAUUCAUAAUUUAUUUUGUAAUUGCCAACAUAUGUUUUAUGUUGAUAGAAAUAAAAUUUGCUUUGGCAUC